AAAGAAAAGAAAAGAGGAAAAAAAGCUAAUACUGCUGUGGUACUACAUCUGGAAUACAGAGACUCGUGCUUUGAGUGGGAUCUCAUAGUAAAGGCAACCCAGUGUUUUCUUCCUGCGCUCUUUCGCUUUUCAAGGAUUUUUCCUCUCUCCCUCACCUACGAGCCCCAAAAUGCUGGCCAUUCUGUUAGCGACGAUAGUCUUGCAUCUGACAGACCUCAUCAUCCUCUUCAUUUCCACGUGCGCUAACGCCUGGAGGACACAUGGGGUUACGAAUUACGACCUGUGGUAUGACUGCACGCACAGCAAUGGAGGAUAUCACUGCCGCGGGACUAGUGAUGCUGACUGGCUUCAAGCAGUUCAAGCCCUCAUGGUCCUAGCCACUAUUUUCUGCUUGAUCUCCUUCAUCAUCUUCCUCUGCCAGCUCUUCACUCUCGUAAAAGGAGGUCGUUUCUUCUUCACGGCCAUCUUCCAGGUCCUCGCCAGUCUGUUUGUGAUGAGCGGGGCCAUCAUCUACACCGUGAUGAGUCCGGAGUGGAAAAACGAGAACGAUACUUACGGAUACGCCUUCGUCCUGGCCUGGCUGGCUUUCCCUCUCACGCUCAUCAGCGGCUUCAUUUACAUUGUCCUGAGAAAGAAAGAAUGAGAGUUCGGGCCUGAGGGAUAUUUUUUGUAGAACUGAGAACACUACUCACAUGACAGACUCUAACCUAACGGCCGUCUCCUCCGGGGCCUGAAUAUUUAGACGCUAAUGUGAUCAAAGAAACUGACAGUGCCAUGAAGAUUGAAUACAGCGAAGACACGGUGUGCGUGACACACACAAAAAGUUGUCUUUGGCUGUUGAGCCUAUUUAUAUCCCUUUUAUAUGGCUUUUUUUAAUUUUUUGUAAAUAGUAAUGAUAUGAAGUGUCGAUGAAGGCCCUGACUUUUUAAGAUUUUACUCAAGGAGGAGAGAUAUAGGAAAAGUACAGUUUUUUUUGUAUUGCGUGUUAUAACCCUUUUCAAAUAUCUCGUUUUAAAAUGUCAUAAUAAAGUGUAUUCUCAAAGGGAAUUCGUUGACGCCGACUUGAAAUUUUCUCUUAUAUCCGAAUGGCAGAAUAAUAAAACGAAGAAUCGUGUCGUUUUGCGUUUUGAAAUCCUUUGGAAAUGGUGCUAUGUAUUUACCAUUGCUGAACUUCAUAGUUAGAUAUACCUAUAGGCUCAAAUGUUGUGUUAAAUCUCACGAAAGCAUUUUCUAACGCAUAUGUUACCUGUGAUUAUACCGCAUUACGAGAUGUCUUCUUUCUGUAUUAUUUUUUUGUUUAAGAAAAAAAUAAAUAUCUAAUUUUUUUC